AUGUUGUCGCAAGGCCCUAACAGUAAUAACAAGGCCACAACGCCGCCAUCGGCUCUUGCAUCAGCAUCUGCAGCCAGCCCUGGUGCCUCGCGUCCGCUGACCAAACUCAAGCCCAUGCGAUUGUUCCCAGACUUGUCCACCAGCACUGCUGAUGCUGCUGCUGAUCAGGGCGACGACGUGCUGUCGGCACCUCCUGCCGCUCCCUUGACAGUGUACACGCCGCUGGCUGAAAUCAACCCGCUACUGGCCGUCGUCAACAUCCGUGGCUGGGUGCGGCGCAAGUAUCAGCGGUGGCAGCAGUCUCUCGUUGUUCGUACCGCCGCUGACACCACAAGCGAAGACGCUGCACCGACCAGCAUAAUGCAGCUCAUUAUCAAAGAUGCCUGCGUCGUCCGCGCCGACUUUUGGGAGCGCCUGGUUGCUGCAGUUCCUCUCGCCAACCCUCAUCUUGUGCUUGCGGCAUGGGAUGUGGCGUUUACCAAAGUCAUCGGAACUGCAACAUCGUCCUGUCUCACCGCCGAUGUGUACACCUCGCUUACGUUGACAUAA